AUGUUCUUUUUUUACAUUUUGCUCCUUCAGCUGGUGCUAACGUUGCUUGCAUUUCCUCACUGCUCAAGACAACUGAAGGAAUCGGAUGCAGUGAAAGAAGGUAACUUUAUGCAUAAGCUAUGGCUUCUAAACACAGCUGAGAUUCUCUUCCCAAUCCAAAAUUAUAAUUUGUUCCCUAAAGCUUUACUCUUCCUUCAUUAAAAAGGGUCUAAUUGCGCAUACGGGUGGAGGAGGGGAAUCAUCUAGAUACUAGUGUUAAGAUAGUUCAAGAAGUAAGUCAUUCCUGUGGGGUGUAUGAAAUCAAAAGAAUUUAUUGCAACAAUCAAUAGUCAUAGAACAACAAUCUUAAAUACACAUUGUUCUGGGUUUUAAACUGCACCCCACCCAGGCAAUUGCCCCAUACUAACAUGUUUUGUUGGAAACCAUAGGCCAGAAUUGCUUCUGGUUGGCCCCAUGCAGCCAGCAAUAUGGCCACACCUGGUACAUUUGCCAGAUCACCACUGAACUGCAACGCAAGCCGAAUCUGGCAUUCCCCAAGCCCAUCCUUAAUCAGUGGCUAUACCAAGCACCUGCCAAACUCCAACAGCCAUAGUGACAAGUAUCCUUUAUUUAUCUACCACAUAUUCCACAAAUACAUUUCUGCUCAAUGUAGUUCAUAGAAAACCAAGACCUCUGUGGUGCAAUGGGUUGGUGCAGUGGUGUCCAAACUUUUUUCAAAGAGGGCCAGAUUUGAUGAAGUGAAGGGCCAUAAGGGCCAACCAAAGUUGUUGACCUUUUUUAGGAUUGAGGUUGUUGAGCUUUUUUUUAGGAUUUUACCCCAGAAAAUAAACUGUCACAGCGGGCCCCCGAAACAGACUUUGGACAUGCCUGGUUGGUGCAUCUAGCUGUUAACCAGAAGGUUGGUGGUUCAAGCCCCUCCAGGGAUAGCUGAAGGUAGGGGGUUGGACCAGAUGACCCUCUGGGUCCCUUCCAACUCUACAAUCCUAUGAUUCUAGAACAGUCUAAAUACAAUAGUACAGUAGUAAUAAUAAUAGUAGUAGUAAUAGUAAUAAUAAUAAAUAUUGCAACGUAAUAUGAGCAAUUCGACAAUUAACAGCUCAUUUAAAAUACACCAAAAAAAUAGUAAGUGUACCGUGUUCAAAUAAGCUAGCUAACAAUGUCCAACACUUCCACAACCCCCGAUAGCCCCAAACUGAUGGCAUUAGUGACAAGCAACCCACCCCCAUGAACAUUCAUAUGCAUAAGACCAGAAACACCCCUCAGAGUAGUUCCCUUAUGAAGGCUCAAGGGCUAAGGGAUGGGACAAUGCAGGUGGAAUCAUCCACUCCCAAGGGCACAGGGUCUCCAUGCUCUUGCUUUCUUCCCCUUGCUUGCUCCCACAGAAUUCAUGAUGAGUUAUGCUAUAUUUUUUUUUAUUUUGCAGAAAAAUGUCCUCCGGAGGAUUCACUGCAAUUCUACCAUGGUCAAUUAGAAAUAUAUCACUUUUAAAUUAAUGGAUUUCAUCUGGUUAUAUAUAUAUAUUUGUGUCUGCUUUUAUCACCUAAACAUGCAUUUAUAAGUAUUAGUAACCAUGGAAGAAUUACAGGGAAACGUCAUUUUAUGAAGUCAUUUUCCUGUUAAAGUUGUUUGUAUUCAACCUGCCCUCAGGCUCCUCUCAAGUUCCCCACAUUGUUUCAACUUAACUUGACACAUUUCGGUCCCACCUCACCUGGAAAGGUUGACUCCCUUUGACACGUACCUCUGUUCUGGCUUCUAAAGGCUGUUUAUAACUUCUUCAUCCUGAACACCUCUAAUGUGGCUCAAAGUGGCAUCACUGUCAUAGUUUCAUAAGUAACUUGUGUAUAUUAUCUGGGGCUGAACAAUGACUGUGGCUCUCAAAAGUUCUUCUUCAGGUUUUUCUUAGGCUACUGGCUAAAGAUUUCUGUUUUGAAAUAUAAUCCACUGUUGUUAAGAAGACAACAAGCCUGCAACUUAGGCAAGGGUUACAUUCCAGGGAUUGCACCUAGAACCAAAAUUGCAUAUAGUCAAUACACAUUGGGUUCAAUGGUAAGUGGGAUUGUCAAAGUCCUUUUUCCCAGGCAUCCGCCCUCUUUUUAUUUUUAUUUUUAAUUGUUUGCCGAGCAUUUGAAUCUGAAUGUGCACAAGUUAAAUUUGUGCAUGUUGCAAACUUAAAGGUAAAGGGACCCCUGACCAUUAGGUCCAGUCGUGGCCGACUCUGAGGUUACAGCACUCAUUUUGCUUUAUUGGCCGAGGGAGCCGACGUACAGCUUCCGGGUCAUGUGGCCAGCAUGACUAAGACGCUUCUGGUGAACCAGAGCAGUGCACAGAAAUGCCGUUUACCUUCCCGCCAGAGCGGUACCUAUUUAUCUACUUGCACUUUGACGUGCUUUCAAACUGCUAGGUUGGCAGGAGCAGGGACCGAGCAACGGGAGCUCACCCUGUCACAGGGAUUUGAACCGCUGACCUUCUGAUCGGCAAGUCCUGUGGUUUAACCCACAGCGCCACCUGCGUCCCUCUUCUUUCCUGUCAUGUGAUCCUCAGAUUAAAGUAUUUUGUUAGUGGAGCUCCUUUUUCAGAAACUAGGGAUAUACAACAGUUUGUGGGACUCUGCUGGUUCCCUUGAGAAAAACCAUGAGAGUAGUUUCAGUUUUACUGACAUCUGUGGCAGAUUGUCUUUGUAUCUACCAUGGCAUGAUUUAUACCACCUACAGCACUUUUCCAUUAUUAAAUAGGAAGGUUCUGGGGCGAUUGCAAUUGAUGCAAUCCUUCGAAAAGAUACUGAAAGAGACCACAGGUUUUCUAAAAGCACCCAAUAAUAACAUAUUUUGGAGUGGGCCGAAUUUUUUACUUUGCAGCCACCCACUGUGGACAAGAAGAUGGAUGUGGUUUUGGGGGUGUCAGUAUAAACAAGUUUUUUACUCAGUGGUCCCCACAGAAUCCCUGAAGCAGUAGCACCUGACACAACCUCACAGCAUCAGCACUGGGGAUGAAAUUUCACAGUUAGAUACAGGCGUGAAUUCAGUCUAGUCUUGACACAAGCAGGAUUAGAUAGAAGCAUUACUGAGAUAACUGAGAGUCAGAUUACAGGGCAAGGGACAGGUAACCAGGAAUCUGGGGCAAAUAGAAAAUCUGGAGAAAGGCUUAAGAAACAAACAAGGAGAAGAAGAGAUGGUUGAAUUGAAUACCAGCAGCCUUUCCCUGCUUGCUUCUGCAAGAGUUUCAGUGAGGCCAGAGCCUACAAAGCUAGGGCAACCAUCAUGGUCACAUCAUCAAAGGUUCUGUCACCUGGGACUCAGCUAUACAGCUGUAAAUAAAACGUUUAAAAUGUGUUGUAAAGUGCAGUAUACAAAUGUGACACUAGAUGGUAACAGCUAUGCCAAAUUCAAUGUAUUUUUCAAAAUGUUAUUUUUAAAAAAGUAUUUUCACAGCGUUUUUUUGUAUGUGUGUAGAUUCCACCCUAGAGGCUCACCCACUAAAGCUGACUAGUGGAUGCCAUUAACCAAACAUAGCCUUGGGAAACCCUGUGUUUGAUUUGAGCCCAGUUGUUAUUUCCUUGAGUAGAUUAUGUGCAAGUGCUUUAUAUAGCUCCAGAUCGCUGCAGUAUGGCAUUCAGCAUUGGAUAACCUUUUCACCUAUAAAGGCUAAACCAUGAGUAGGCAAACUAAGGCCCGGGGGCCAGAUCUGACCCAAUUGCCUUCUAAAUCCGGCCCGCAGACGGUCUGGGAAUCAGCGUGUUUUUACAUGAGUAGAAUGUGUCUUUUUAUUUAAAAUGCAUCGCUGGGUUAUUUGUGGGGCAUAGGAAUUCGUUCAUUCCCCUCCCCCCAAAAAAUAUAGUCCAGCCCCCCCUCACAAGGUCUGAGAGACAGUGAAGCGGCCCCCUGCUGAAAAAGUUUGCUGACCCCUAGACUAAACCAUAAUGACAAAAUGACAAAAGGGGUUCCAUUUUUAAGGCUUAUGUAAUACUCAAAUAUGAUCUACUGCUGUUUUCACAAUAAUAUGAAGUAAGUAAUGUGUGAGCCACUGGGAUCACGCAGCCUCCUAGUGUGACUUGAGCAAACAUAGGUGGUUAGAAAAUGUGGUUGUGAAAUAUUUUGAAUCAGCUCUGCUGAUUCAUAUGUGACUUCUUCCAUGUGACUAUAAUCAAGGGACUCUACUUGGUGUGUCUUUAAAGCAUCUGUGAAUGGAAAUUUUCCACCAGUGUGUUUGCAUUCCAGUGCAUUUUCUUAAAGACCAUGUUUAUAUAUUUAAUGUAAAUGUUGCUUUAAUUGUUUUUUCAGUGUUCAUCUCAACAGAGGAAGCCAAUUUAUUCAUUGGACGACACCUUCUAUACAACAGAUUUGACUUUGAACUAGUAACCCCAGGGAAUCUUGAAAGGGAAUGCAAUGAAGAAUACUGCAAUUUCGAGGAAGCAAGAGAAAUUUUUGGAGACCAAGAGAAAACAGUAAUUGCUUUACUUUUGGUGGCCUAUAAAGGAGAUAUUUCUAAGGUCAAUGCUUAGGACUACAUCAUGUGUACAUAUUUAUCAUUUGAGAAAGGGCACAGAACCCAUUGUGCUUAUGGGUGAAAUUGUAUUUUAUUUUUUUUAUUUUUUACUGCUCCUAGGAUUGAAAGGGUUGUGCCUCUCAAACUAGCCCAGGUCUAGUCUUUCUGAACCGUUGUCUGAGCCAUUAUGCAGAAGGGAAAAGUAAUCAGCCUUCUCCAAUUGGUUGCUUUGGAUUCCAGCUCCCUGAAUCCCUGAUCAUAGGCUACGGAUCAGCAAACUUUUUCAUUAGGGGGCAGGUCCACUGUCCCUCAGACCUCGUGGGGGGUCGGACUAUUUUUUGGGGGGGGGAAUUGAACGAAUUCCUGUGCCCCACAAAUAAUACAGAGAUGCAUUUUAAAUAAAAGGACACAUUCUACUCAUGUAAAAACACGCUGAUUCCCGGACCGUCCGCGGGCCAGAUUUAGAAGGCAAUUGGGCUGGAUCUGGCCUCCGGGCCUUAGUUUGCCUACCCAUGCCGUAGGCCAUACUGGCUGAGGCUAAUUGAGAGUUGUAGUCCAAAAUGUCUGGCGGGCAACAGGUUGAGGAGGGCUGAGCUAGCUCAUUAACUGUUCGUAGAAGAAUUUACAAGUGAAUCCAAAUUCCACUUCCCUCACUCUUUGGUGCUGUACCCACACUAGGCUUUAUGUGCUACUGUUAUUAGGAUGGGUACACUCUAUCUCCACAAAAUGGAUGGGGGCAGCCUUGGGAUUAGCCAUGCUGUUAUUAACUUUUUUGGUAAAUGGGGCUAGAUGAUGCAUUUCACAAGAGAAUCAUCAAGGAAAUGUUUCUAACGUAGUAGAGUUUCUUGACAUGCGCAGUGUGGAGAAGCUUUUCCAUAUGUGCGUAGUUUUUUUCUUUAAAAAAUAAUAAUAAUUGAAGGGGUGUUCCAUGGUGGCUUGUCGUGGCUUGCCAUCAAAGGCAAAAUGGGAACAUACAGUGGUACCUCGGGUUAUGUACUUAAUUCGUUCCGGGGUCCGUUCUUAACCUGAAACUGUUCUUAACCUGGGGUACCACUUUAACUAAUGGGACCUCCCGCUACCACCGCUGCACAAUUUCUGUUCUCCUCCUGAAGCAAAGUUCUUAACCCAAGGUACUAUUUCUGGGUUAGCGGAGUCUGUAACCUGAAGUGUCUGUACCCCGAGGUACCACUGUGCUGCCGCUCUGCCCCCACCUCUACCAGGGAAGCUGAAAAGUGCCACCCUGGCAGGCUCACCCCACUACCAGCAAAGAAGCAGCACUGUUUUCCAGCGAGAUUUUGCAAGAUCUCAAUGGAAACCAACACCACUUCUCCCCCAGAGACAGAGGAGGGUGGAGCACCUAUGGGUGCUGCUUCUUAUGCUGCCUGAGAUGGCUAUUUUAAACCUCCUCAUAGGCAGGCCAACAUGUACUGUUACUAGUUAUCUUUUAAUUCCACUAGUUUGCAGCAGAACUGUGAGUUUUAGGUUAAUACUGCAUACACAAGCUACAUUUAAAUCACAUUUUUUAUCCCAGGAACCCUGGGAACUAUAGUUUAUACCACACAGCAACCCUUCUGUUGGGAAAGCUCAGACAGUAGAGCAUGAGACUCUUAAUCUCAGGGUCAUGGAUUCGAGCAUCACGUUGGGCAAAGAUUCCUGCACUGCAGGGGCUGGACUAGAUGACCAUCAGGGUCCCUUCCAACUCUACAAUUCUACGAUUCUAUGAAUUCUCAGCACCUGCAGUUCCAAUUAUUCUUUGCACAAGAUGCACUUUAAAUGUAUGGCGUGUAUGCACUAUAAACUGCUUUUUCUUUACCAAUACAAUAUUUUAAGGUUCAGGCUUGAUUUGUGACAAAACAGCAAGCAUUAUUCCUUUUGCAGGGGAAAAUGUGUAUUUUUUAAGUUCACAAGAAGGAGAGGAAGGGAAAAUCUCCCUCUCUGUGGUUUACCAUGGGGCCAAUUAAGGUUUGCGUAUCUGAGCUUCUGAUUUGGGGGUAAAUAUAUGCCAUCUUUCUGGGACACGGGUGGCGCUGUGGGUUAAACCACAGAGCCUAGGACUUGCCAAUCAGAAGGUCAGCAGUUUGAAUCCCCGUGACGGGGUGAGCUCCCGUCGCUCAGUCCCUGCUCCGGCCAACCUAGCAGUUCAAAAGUAGAUCAAUAGGAAGGUAAACAGCGUUUCCGGCGGGAAGGUAAACAGCGUUUCCAUGCGCUGCUCUGGUUCGCCAGAAGCGGCUUAGUCAUGCUGGCCACAUGACCCGGAAGCUGUACGCCGGCUCCCUUGGCCAGUAAAGUGAGAUGAGCGCCGCAACCCCACCCAGAGUAGGCCACGACUGGACCUAAUGGUCAGGGGUCCCUUUACCUUUACCUAUAUGCCAUCUUUUAUGUGCUCUUUGGCCUUAAUUGUGGUGAAUGUUCCUAUGGUAAGAGUGUAUGCAUUGCUUUAUUUUGCAUCAGACAUUGGUCACUCAUUAUUCUUAUAUUUUUAGAAAUUGCUGUUUCUGAGUUGCAGAGUAGCUUUGAGUUAGUUGUCCAUAUUAGCACGUCAAAGCUUGGGAGCACCAAUAAGCUUAAGGACAGCCUGUCAAAACUGGAAGCUGUGCCCCAGAAGCAAAACAGUAUUCAUAAAGCAGAGGUUCUACUAUAAAAAUAUAAAAAUAAACAUAUUGUGUGCAUGCACUGUAAAUGUAUGCAUGUCUCAUCAAAUGGCUUCUUGGGGAACUUGCUGCUGCAUGAUGUACUUAGGCUUCAGUCUUUUGAAGGGAGUCCUUUUAAAUCCAUGUGACAUGCAGCUGCAUAUGCUAGUCACGGGGUGGGGGUGGGAAUCCGCCUCAGACAGUUGUAGCAAACACGCUUAAGAAUCAUAUUCUACUAAGUAUUCACUUAUACCAGCAUGAGUACGUAUUUAUCAAUAACUAGAAGUUGCAGUAUAAGCCAAUUACCAGCGGGGCUAAUGAAGUGUUUUAUUUCCAUCUUGCAUUAUGCACAGCUUGUUGCCUUUCUCUCAGUCCAAUUUAUAUAUACUGAUAAUUAAUAUUGGUAUUAAGGCAGGUCUUAAAACUUCCUUAACCAAAUUCCACCCAGAGUUAAUCAGUGCGACUCUUGUAACUUCAACCAAAGUUAAAUUCUUAACUUUUGGGGGGGGGGCAGUUUUUGUUUUUAAUUGCUGCUAGAGAUUUUACCUCAAUUACAUUGUUUUUCUUUACUAUCUCAGAUAUUAUUUUGGGAGAAAUAUACCAUGGAGGGUCGUGGCAGAUAUCAAGGUAAGCCAAAAUCACAGGUCUUCGUGGUUUCUAUUUUUGUUUUAUAUUGCAGAUACUUUUAACCCACCAUCCAAACCCACACUCACCUCUGCCUGGCAGAGCAGCACUGUCACAACCACAGUACCACCACUUCUGCUGGCCACAAGGAAAAAUGCCUUCUUGCUAUGACAUCCCCUAGGUCUAUUGCCAUCACAUAAUGGCAGCAGAGCUGGCUCAAGGUUGAGUGGAUCCUUUGCUGGCCCAGUUCCACCCUCCCCCAACCCUGAAAUGCCCCACUUCAGGGAGUCCUGCUGACUCCUGCCAGUGGGGCCUCUGCCCACCUGCCAUUUACAUUGGGGCAUUCCUGGUUGGUGUAUCUGGGCAGGGCUGGGUGGAGAGACACCUCUGCUUCAUCCCAACCUCCUCCAGUGUCAUAGACUAGUUGGGCGCACAGGAAUGGUGGGAAGAAGGUUCAGAGCCCAAAAAGUAGUGGUAGGAUGGAGAAGAGGGAGAAGACAGGGGUGAGGUGGUGUCGGAAGCGGAAGAUGUAACAGGGCUUAGUGAGCUGGGGGGAGUCUGUGGCAGAGAGAAGUCUGAUCUAAUUCUGAUCAGAGGCAGAAGCUGAAGCAGGAGAGGAGGGAGGCCAAGAGGCAGGGAUUAUUCUGGUUGUUAAAGAGGCAUCGGUGUCUGCCCCUCCCGUUGUAACAAGCAUCUUUCUCUCCCCUGGUCUUCCAGAACCAGGAGAGGCAUGAAAAGGGUGGAGAAGAUAGCUUCACACAACCAGUGUCUUACAUUGCUUGGGAAAGACCCUGGAGAGGAGGGGACUUAGGCAGCUAUGGGGAGGCGGGAUAAUUUAGGAAUAGUUUCACGACACUUUUUUUUUACGGCAUAGUGUGACCUAGGGUAGAUCAAAAAUAUACUCAGUAAUUCUGAUUUCUGUACAGAAGAGCAAGCAAUGCGGAAGAUUGAUGUUAUGGGACUUUUGACUGGCUUGGUCGCAAUUGGAGUACUGUUGAUCAUAACUGGGUUACUUGUUUAUUUUCUCUGCCAAAAGAAGUGCAAACAAAGACAUCUACCACGGUAAGAAAAUAAGUUUUGUAAUUUCCAACACUUUGUUCAGUGUAUUCAAGUUUGACAUGGAAGUUUCUGUACCCCCCCCCCCAAAAAAAAAUUAUGGGUGCAGUAUACAGUGGUACAUCGGGUUAAGAACUUAAUUCGUUCCGGAGGUCCGUACUUAACCUGAAACUGUUCUUAACCUAAAGCACCACUUUAGCUAAUGGGGCCUCCUGUUGCCGCCACGCCACCAGGGCACGAUUUCUGUUCUCAUCCUGAAGCAAAGUUCUUAACCUGAAGCACUAUUUCUUCUGGUUUAGCGGAGUCUGUAACCUGAAGCGUAUGUAACCUGAAGCGUAUGUAACCCGAGGUACCACUGUAUGUGUGUGCUGUAUGUUUACUGCAUUUUGUCCCAUUUGGGUUUGUGUUGUGCAGAUAUUUAUUUAUCUGAAGCAUUUGUACGCUGCUGUUAGCCAAAAAAGCUCCCAGAGUGGCUUACACACAAUAAAAACAAGACAGUCUCUAUUUGGGUGACUUACAAACUCAAAACAUACAAGGGAAAUAAUGAACAGCUGGCGCAGCUCAGGGACAGGCAGUUCAUGAAGGAGCCCUGCUUCCUAUUUCUCCCACUGAGGCAGUAUGAUGGAAUGGCUGCCCACAGAUGACAACUGAGGGGAGAUGAGGCCUGAUGGAGCUGUCCUGUCACAGCAGAUUCAAUGGAGUGAGCUCUGCUUCCCAGCUCUCCUCCCACUGCUGGAAUGGCUGCCCCCAGGAGACAGCCUUACUGUCACCUUGGUGAUAUGCCUUGGGACUUAAGAGAAAAAAAUGGGAAUAGGGUAUGACUUACCAAAUAAUCUAUGGAUUUCGACUUGAACAGUUGAAUUCUUCAUAGCUAAUAUAUUUUUAAAAAUAAUCCUGUUGUAUCCUAAUAUAUGGAGAUUUGGAUGGAAAUAAGGUAUAUGAAAUUGUUAUGACCAUGGAAGAGCAUGAAGAUCAGUGGGCAAAGCUAAUUGCUGAGGUUUGUGGGAAAGAGAAAGGCAAAAUCUGGAGUCAGUAACAGGGAAUAACGAACAGAAACAUGGGGAAAAGCCUUAUACUGAUUCAUACCAUUGAUUCAUCUAGCUCAGAAUACUGACUGCCAGCAGCUCUCCAGAGCUCCUGACAAAUUGUCCCUCAGUGCAAUUGUUACGAAUUGUGAUGUGGGAAGGUGACAGUACUGGCAUCUGUGACAUCAGCACACACAGCCCCGGCCUACAUUUGUCCAUGACAUAUGUACUCUUUUAAUUCUUCAGAGGUGAUGUGCCCUUGUCCAGUGCUGAUCCAUAUGCUUUAGUAAAAUGGGUUUAGGGAACUAUACCAGCACAAAUGAAUACUGUACUCCCAUUCUAUGCCACCCUGUUCUCUGAGCGGCAAACACUAGCCACUGAAAACAUUGUACUCCCAAGAAAGUGUAGUUCAGGUUCUUCUCUCAAACGAAGUUUUGGACUCUUAUACUUAAUCACCAUUCUUAAAAGUUUUGCUUUUAUUUUAGGGAUAGAAGCUACAGGAGGCGUAACUCUUCCAUCAUCUUUCAAAGACACGAAGAGAUUUCCUUAAACCCUCUCUCUCCAUGCACAGAACACAGUGGAUUGCCAACUUAUGAACAAGCAGUGGCACUAAGCGGCAAUUGUGAAGUUCCACCGCCGCCAUAUCCAGGCCCUUCAAGAGGGCUUAGGGCAUUCAAGAAGUCUCUCUCUCUUCCUGUUUAA